CUAAACGUCAAAAAAAUGACAGCACACGACAACGGGGAGUUCUAAAUUUUCUCAGGCUAUUUGUUUCAUUUUUAUUUAAAUAAGUACUUUUCAUAUUCUUUUAGUUUGCUAAUAUUCAUUACAAAGUUAAAAAGGAAUUAAUUUCUUGAGGGUACGGCCUUUCUUUUUCAUUGAAGUUCUGUAAAUCUAAAACUAAUUGUAGCUUCAAUAUUUAAUUCAAUUUGCGGGGCUAACGUGUAGCAUGUUGUAUAUUAAAAACUAUACAAAAUGCCACUACCUAGCAAAGUCGACAAGGAAAACUUUCGACUUUUGGAUUUGUCAAGCGAUGAAGAAUCAGAAGAUUUACAUUUAGAGAUCAUUCCUAGUAGAAAAAAGAAAGUAACAAGGAGAGAUCGCAAUAGAGGCUCUACCCCAAAGGUCCCUGAACCAAGCAUAGGAUCAGAAGUCCGAUGUGCAUUAAGAUGGGCUGUUCGUGGUACUCUUCUUCUUUGGCUGCUUAUGCUUACCUGGAUAUGUGCUACACUCUACGAUCAAGUAUCAGUAAUGCGCAUGGAUAUUGCCAAAGCGGACUCAAAGUGGUGCGCGCGUGUGGAUAAGUGAAAGUGAGGCGCGACAGUUUGAGCGGAUGCGAGCGCGGUAGCGUUCGCGUGCCAGGAUGGAGAGUGCGGUGCACGCGGCGGUGCCGCUGCGUGUGGGCAAGAAGAUGCGGAAGAGGAGAGAGCUGGACGCAUUGGUCGGUGGCGGGGUGGCUAGAGGGGGCAGAUUGCUGUCCGCGUCGAGCGACGAAGGGGAACCGUGGGGUAGGAGAACAUCUCGCCGCCGUCGUACGCGCCCCUUCGUACGCCUCGCCGCUGGACUUGCGUUAUGCGUGUGCGUCGUUUCUGCCGCCACCGUCCUGUGGCUGUUCGUCGACGUCAGGCGGCAGAUUGGCUCCCUUCGCGUCGAAAUGGACAAAGUUAUAACCAGCAGCGAAACCAUAGGUGACUCAUUGCAAUUAUACCAUUCAAAGGCGAAGGAUCUACAAGCGAAUGCGACCAAUCUUAAUAAAAGGUUGACGGAUCUAGAACAUGCUCAUCAAGAGUUGGCGAAGAAAGUUGGCCAAGCGACGGGAGACUUGGCCCAAGUGUCGGCGCAGCUAGCAGCGGAGCCCAUGUUGGUCGACACGCCCAAGCGACUGGCGGAGUUGCAACGUACUGUCGCAUACUUCGGUUCGCAGAUCAACGGGUUUGACGACGCGUUGAAUUCGGCCCGCAAGCAGGCCGCUACCGCGGCGUCUGGCGUGGAGGAGGUUAAGACUCUUCUCCACGCACUAGAGGCGAAGACUAACGAAACGAUCGCCAAUAUAUCAGCUAACAGCAAGUUUGACGGCGAGCUGAAGGAACAGCUGGGCGCGCUGAACGCCACACUCACGCAGAGGAUGCAAGCGUUGCAGACGAGAAUAGAGGAGCUCAAUAGGGUGACGAGUACGGUAGCACCGACCACGACGACGGCCGCCCCUUCAAGUAGCACCACGUCUUCGACAACCACCACCACAACAACCACCACCACUCCACCACCAGUACCUCCGGCGAAGCCGAUCGUCUUACAAUGAGGGAUCAAUGGAACACAUCUGAUUACACUAAAUAUACGAAGCCAACAGGAGAGAGGUUGCUCAGAGAAGAUAUUUCGUCCACACGACAAAUACAGUAGGCGUAGAUGGGUCAUAGAAAUGGAUACCCUCCAAUAAUAAUGCAGUUGUUAAGGUAAUACGAAUGUUGAUAUUUUUAGGGAAAGAAAAUUGCGUCGGCGUAAGGACAGUGAGUUGGGGGAAUUCGGCCAUAUUGUAGUCAAACGUGGGUAGACAGAAUAAUUUUGUCGUGAAACUGCUAAGGCCGAAAAUUCCUAAGAUUGUUUUGUGUUUUAAGAUACAUACGUACUAUUAUUUACUUUAGUAUAAUUAUUUCGUUAGAGAUUUGCAUGCGUGACUGAGAGUUUCGUUAAUAUUAACGCCCAAGAUGUUUAUAGGUAUACAUUAUGUUUAAGUAUAGAUUGGUUUACUUUUGCAGUACCCUUGAUGAUUUUUGGAGGCGGUCUCUCUAUUGGUAAUUUCCUUUAUAACGAAGUGGAGUUGUGCGAUGUAAAUCCUCUGGUCCUAUGAAAUGCACAAUACCUAUUACAUUCCAAUACCGCCGUAUUUUCUGCAGCCUCUUGAUGAUUUUUGGAGGCGGUUUCUCUAUUGGUAAUUUCCUUUAUAAAGAAGUGGAGUUGUGCGAUGUAAAUCCUCUGGUCCUAUGAAAUGCACAAUACCUAUUACAUUCCAAUACCGCCGUAUUUUAUGCAGCCUCUAAGUACUUAACGCAAUAUUCUAAGGUUCUCCCAUGUUCAUUGUUCAGUGCUUAUCCAAAUAGAUAACUAUUAAUUCCCUCCUUGAUAGCUCAUUACCCUUCAAUAUAACAUCAGAACAAGAUUGAAAGAAGACCUCUUUAAACUGUGUCAUGCCUAUAUAGGUACAAGUGAUGCAGAAAUAGUAGCGACUAUCGAUAGUAUAGAAGGUGAACAAUCGAUAAUCCUGCAACACUACUAUAUACUAUAUUACAUAUUGAAGUGUCUAAAACCUUUAGUGGAGCGACAAGGGAUAAUAUAAAAUGUUUGUAAUGGUAGGUGUGGAGAUUCUAGCAUUGUGAAUAAAAUUGAUCUUCAGAUUCGUCAAGGUUUCUGUUUAAGAUGUCUGCAUCUUGAAUAUUUUUUGGCCAUUUUAGGGAUUAAGGAGAAGUUUGAUUUACUGUUGUGAAUUUAAUUCUAAAUAUUUAAUAAUCAUAUCUAUCUACUUACCUCAAUAGGAUAUAUUUUAUAUUUAAACUUAAGUAUUACUAUUAUAACUUUCUUUGCUAGUUAUUUUCGGUCUCAGUAGUAUAAUUUUGCCUUGGUAAUUUAAUAAAAAGUUAAGAUUUUUAGAUUUAACAAUUUACGGAACAUUUGCAAAAACAGCAGAUAAACAAACAAUGAAUUUAGUUUUUAUAAUGUGCUGCAGAGUUGCUAGUGAGAAACAAAGACAGUGUGAAUACAUACCAAUGUAAAUAAAUUAUUUAAUAAUUUUAUAGUUUAACUCGAGAUUAGAGAAUAUGUGAUCGCAAUGCAAGUUUGAAGUUGUCAAUAAUAAGAGUGUGAGUUUUAUUACUUGUAACAAAUUAUUGUUAAUAGAUUAAUUAUUAUUACACAGCUGAAUGUUUUAUUUUUGACCCAACUUCUUUGAUUUUGUUCUAUAUUACUUUUACUUGUGUUUCGACUUAUGCAUAAAGAGUAGCUAUAACUAUAUUAGUCCAGGAAAUGAAGCUAAAAAAAAAUGGUAAAACCUCGCAAUUUUUUCGUCCAGCACCGAUUUGUACCCAAAUUUGGGAUUAGGGUUAUUUCAUCCUCUAUUCUAUUUCAUUUUCUAUAUUGUGCCGUUGUACGCUUUUUGUUUUUUAGGGGUGAAAACUAUCCCUUAUUAUCAAAAAUAAAAUUAUAAACCUAAAUAUGGGUAAAAACAGUUAAAAAAUGAUUGAUUCAUGCUUUAGGAUACAAUUUCAUAAUCUUUCAACCUACCCUUG